AUGAAGACAGUUGAAAGAGGAACCUCACCAAUGAAAUUAAUUGCACCAUGUGGGGGAUAUGAGGACUUGCCAUUCAACGCCGGAUCUGGAUGUCCAUCUCCACAACCAAGCGUACAGGAACAUUCUUACUGUCCAUAUCAUAACAGGGGACAAGUGAGUACCAUGAUGGGUUCUAGUUUUUGCUGUACUCCGACAACUAAGUGUAAUGAGUGUAAGUGCCAUGAAACAUGCGUAACUCAUGGCUCGAGUUGUCCAUAUGGUUCAGAUAAUCCAUUCAGAUCUAGAAGUUCGGCAAGAGUUGAUCCUGAUCCUCUUAAGUAA